AUGGCGAGCGGCACUAUAGUGCAUCAGAACAACGGACCCGUCGCUAGAAGACCGGUCCAGGAUACUACACAAGAUAUUGGCAAUCCACCACCAAUGCUGGAUGACCGAGCUUUUGGAGUUCUUUCACAAACCAUCAUUCCAAGCACAACGAUAAGGUGGAUACUGCCAGCCCGCAUCCGGAACCCAAUUCAUAACGAUGUCAUCUUCAUCAGCGAGAGCUUUAUCCAGCUCCGAGAAUUCCUUCCAGCACGUCAUCUAGCCACCUUGCCGGACAGGCUGGACAUGGGCUGUCGCAUUCUAGCGGCAAGAAUUAUCUCAUAUGUCGAUGCCACUCCAUUUAUCGAGCAAGUCGUCAAGCAAGAGGAGCGCGAUGGAGAUGAUUCGAAGCUAGGCCUACCGUCCCAAAUUUUGGUGUUGACCUUGGACUGCUGUGAGAUUGCUUUUGUGUACGCGGAAGAUAUCGCGCACAACCGGAUUAGAUUCAGAGUAGGUAAAUGGAAGCUUCCUGCAGAUGUGUCUUGUCUAGGACAAUAUGGCAAGCACUUGGCUGUCGAUUCCAAAUCGUGUACCCUUGCAGUAUCACCAGCAUGCGGUCAGUUAGGCAUCAUACGCCUAAAGACAUUUUCUGAGCUUCGCGAGGAGAUCUCAGCGUAUGACACUAAUAGAACGGAAGUCUUCACACCUCUGAAAGAGCAACGCUUUGUACAAGUAGAUGGCUUGAUCUUAAGGGUGGAGUUCCUUCUUUGCUCGUCCACUGUGCAACCAAAGACCGUCCUUGCACUACUGAUCUCCAAGAAUGAGGCUACAUAUGUAUACCUAUACUCAUGGGGAGAAAAGGCCCCUUUGACGACGGCCAAGCUGGAGAAUUGUGGCCCUCACAGGCUUCCAGACAAGGACAGAAUGCCGUUACUGAUGAUUCCUUCCAACCAUAACGCUUCAUUCACUCUUGUCACUGAGUCCGGCUUAACGGUUUACGAUGAUGUGCUUUCGUCUGAUUAUCGAAAGAUUCACGUUGAGAUUCCUCAGACAUUUCCUUCAAACUUUGUGAGCUCUCGCCGAAGUCCACUGUGGGUUCAAUGGGCGAAGCCAUGUCGUCACUCAGAAUACCUAAAGACCCACGACGAUUUCUAUCUGGUUCGAGAGGACGGGCGACUAGAAUACUUCGAAAUCAUGCACAAUACACCAUCGAAAGUUCAAAAUGGAGGUGAGAUUGGGUCCAUCAAAAUUUCCGUUGAUUCAGCAUUUGCCAUCAUUGAGUCGCACCCAGGUCAUGGUGGUGACAUGUGCGUGGCCGGUGGAGACAUGACUGAUGGUGCUGUUUGCCAUAUGAUGGCGAGAAUGCCCCUGGAUCAAUUUCAGACCAUUACAAACCUUGCACCACUACGGGACAUGUUGAUCCUUCAUCCGAAAAGCCGCGAUGAAGAUGCACAUCAGAUCUUCGUAUGUGCUGGCAAAGGCGAGGGUCAUGCCGCUGUAGCUGAGAUUCGCCGUGGUCUGGAAGCCAGAAUCAGUUUGCUUGUGGAACAGGAAGAUUCUUUCGCGGUUACUGGACUCUGGGUUCUACCAGAGAUUAACUUCGACCACCUUACGAUGCUGGUUUCCUACCCUUUGCACACCUUGGCCGUGUGCAUCAAUCUCCAAAAAGCAGCACUAGAAACAGCAGACGAAGGCUUAGCAUGUCAGGGCCUGCAGUUGAACUGUCAAACCCUGGCCUUUGCGGUCAGCAAAGAAAGUCUUAUCGUGCAGGUGACUCCUCUGGCAACGACAGUUCUGUCUGCAUUGCCCAAGGUAAGUUCGGUUGCUAGGGAGCACGCGGAUGGUCGCGUGUCUAUUGCUAGCAUAAGCCUGGAUAACAUGCUGAUCGCGACAGCCACAAUGGCAAACGAUAUCUUCAAGGUUCAACUCACCUCCAUCGAUGUCGAUGAUACUAGUAUUAGCAUCAAUGGUUGCUCGACGGCUUAUUCUAUCAUGGAAGAACCAAGCAGCAUCCUCUUGGCUAACUUUGGCGGAGCUCGGCUCCUCAUCAUUGGCACUAUCGUUGGAUCAGUACACAUUUUAGCAAUCGAACAUGGCCAGGGAUUGCGCCACAUAUUGCGGAACCCAAUCAGUACACUCUUCUCUCAUGUCGAAGCGUCCGCGAUAUGCAGUCUGGUCUUGCUUACGGACCCAGCUCUAGGACCACCAGCACUGGCUUGUGGCACAAGAAACGGCUGGCUGUUGAACAUGACUAUCACGCCAAGUCUUAUAAAUGAUCCUCAGGAAAAUAGGCAAUCGCCCAGCAUUGUAUUAGGUAGACCGCCAGAUCUGCCUAACUUUCUUACAUUGCAAGCAGAAAGUGCUCAGCACAUGGGUCAAACCUCGGUUCAGCUGACUUCCGACCCAGAAGAUGCAUCUGCUGCUGUACUCGUCUGCGGCUCUGAUGUCCAUCGACUGUGUUAUACGCGAUCGGCCGGGGCUGCCACCUUUAAAGUCUUAAGAAUUUGGUUCACUGAUGUUGCUCAGCCAGAAUUUGGUCAGCCAGAGAUCAGCGCUGUUGCUGCACUCUACAGACACCCGUACUCCGGAAUGAAUCAUCUGGAGGCCACGCUCGUUUGCGUUACUAGGGAUGAUCUCCUUGUCUCAUCGCUAUCUUUAGAAUCAAGCAUCGUGCCACAAAGGAUGUUGCUGUCUGGUGAUCCGCACAAAAUGGUCCACGUCAAGGGAUUGAACAAACUCGCCGUUGCCAUAACUCAAACCAAGUUGAUCGCAGAUCGCGCUCCUGAUCGGCCGGCUAGACGCAUCAUUCGCCCCGGAAUUCAACUCCUAGAUCCAGACCGUCGUGGCUCGAGUUCUCCUCAGGGGCAGGUUGUGCUCCUGGGCCAGGCAGGGUCUCGGAUCACUUCUCUGAUAAGCUGGACAGCAGUUCAUGACGAAAAGAACGUAGAGAUGAUUGUGGUUGGCCUUUGUAUUGAUGGUGCCGAUACGGCACAUUGCGACGGACGUAUCGUCUACCUGACAGUGGCAAAAGAUGGUCAACAGAACGGAGACCUAGAUAUUGAAAUCAAGCGUUCAAUCAGACUCGUCGGAGCUCCCGUUUACUCGCUCGCUCUUUACGGUCAAUCAUCGCUUGUUGUCUGUGCUGGCACAGACCUCUUCCUGCAAAGCCUGGACCUUGUGACCAGGAAUUGGAGUCGUUCCACGCGUUAUGCGCUACCAUCACCAGCGGUGUCUCUCUACGUGUCCGACCACUUCAUCUAUGCAACCACUGCACGGCAUUCACUCAAAGUAUUUGAGGUUCAAGGUGGCGAACUCAAAUUACGAGCUCAAGAGACCAAAACUAGAGAUGCUAUCAGAGAUGCCACUCAUUUUGUUGGCACGGACGAGGGAGGUUUGCUGGCGGUUGCUAGCAAUAAGGGUGGUAGGGUUCUUGGCUAUUCGAAGCAAGAGCAAGAUGGAUUUUCGUUGCUUUUUGAUGCAAGAUUCCCAGUCCCAAUCAACUGUUUGAGAGAACAUGGAAAGGGUGGCUCAAUCACUACGACUGGCCAAAGGUACUAUGGUAGCACGCAGGAUGGGGCUCUGUAUCAGUUCACUGUCUUAAGUCGGCGGGAGUGGGAAUUUCUGAACUUCAUCGCAGGUCUCACAUGGAAAAAACCCGCCGUCGAGUCGAAAGUCAAGCGCAAAAGCUCAAGCACUCAGCGCAAAGAGCGGAAGAAACCCCGGCCACCAGAUAUGCACAUCAAUGGCGACCACAUCGCUGACCUGCUGCACAGUGGUCCCUGUAAGCUGCGCCAUCUCCUGGAGGAGCCUCCUCGCGCAAGAUUGCAAGGACAAGAGUCGCUCUCUCCAGAUCAAAAGUUCCGUGAGCUCUCUGCACUUGGUGAGCCUCUCUUCGGCGCAAGCGAAGACCCUGUGCUCGCUGCUUCACAAUGGAUGCAAAGAUUAGUGAGCAAUACAUCGUAA